AUGGCCCAGGCCAGGCUGGAGGCGGAGGCACUCCGUGACGCCGAGCGGCACCGACAGCGGCGCGCUGCUCAAGCAGAGGAGGAGCGCGAGGCCCUCGCGGAGCGUCACAGACAGCGAGAGCGGGAGCGCUACGCCGCGCAGGACGAUGAACAGAGGGAGGCGCACGCCGAGCGUGAGCGUCAGCGGCGGGCGGCCUUCGAUGACGCCGAGAGAGCAGCGCACGCUGAACGUGAGCGACAGCGGCGGGCUGACUUCGAUGACGCCGAGAGAGCAGCGCACGCUGAACGUGAGCGACAGCGGCGGGCUGACUUCGAUGACGCCGAGAGAGCAGCGCACGCUGAACGUGAGCGACAGCGGCGGGCUGACUUCGAUGACGCCGAGAGAGCAGCGCACGCUGAACGUGAGCGACAGCGGCGGGCUGACAUGCCCAACGAGGUACGUGACGCGGAACGGGCGGCCAACGCGAGGGGUCACAUGGAGGGGCGCCGCAGAGCCGACCGGGCCAAUCGAGCCGCCUGUGACGCCGACUCUGUGCUGUCCGGUCGCCAGCCGGUGGCCAGGCUUGACACGGGGGCACGCAACACGGUAUGUCCGCACUGCGGCGCCCUCCUCUGGCGAGAGGAGCGGGCCACCCUGUGCUGUUCGGGGGGAAAGGUAAACAUAGAUCCCCUGCCCGCCCCGCCACCGCUGCUCCGUGAGCUGUGGACGGGCGACACGCUGGAGGCGCGCACGUUCAGACAGCACUCCCGGCGCCUGAACACGGCGCUGUCUCUGGCGUCUAUGAUGACACGGGAGGUGAGGCCGGCGGACGGUGGGUAUGCACCAUCGGUGAUCAUACAAGGUAGGUUGUAUCACCGCGUCGGUCCGCUGCAGGCCAGAGACGGGGAGCGGCCGUCAUUCGCCCAGAUUUAUGUAAAUGACCCGGACUGUGACGACCCAGCGGCCGAGGCAGCUCUUCGCCUCGGACAUGUGCCGCUACCCCGCGGCACCCGGGAGCCAGAGCGGGUGCGUCUACUGACGCUGCUCGAACAGCUGCAGGUCCUGCUACGCCAGGUAAAUCCCUAUGUGCAGGACUUUAUCCACGCCGCCGAGCUGCCGGAGGAGGAGGUUCAGCAGCAGAGACUGGUGGUAAGUGCCGACGCCCGCCCGGCUGACCAGCACCCCCGGCGGUACAACCGCGCUGAGGGUUUCCGGGAGGUGGCCGUGCUGAUGGACGAAGAGCCCGUCCACCAGGACAUCGUGCUGCGUCGCCGUGCCGAUGCCGAAGGUCCGUUCCUCCAGACGGUAAAUGAGACGCACCGGGCGUUUGAGGCUCUGCACUUUGUACUCCUUCUGCCGUUCGGCACAGACGGCUGGCAGCCGGACCUACGGAAUAUGUCUGCAUGGCGUUCGCACGCGUAG